AUGUUGAGGACGACGCGCGCGCGCUGCCUGCCCGCCGUGCGGGCCGCGCUUUCCGCCCGCAGCACCAGCCGCAGCAUCACUGGCAGCAGCAACGGCGAACGCCUCCCGCGCCUGUCCGACCUGGUGCUGAUCCGCCACGGAGAGAGCGAGGGCAACGUGGCCCGCCAGCGCUCCCUGGCCGGCGACCACAGCCUCUUCGCGGGCGAGUUCAAGCACCGCCACAGCUCCAACUGGCGGCUCACGGACCGAGGCCGGCGCCAGGCGGCGGCCGCCGGCGAUUGGCUGAAGCGCAACAACCUGGCGCACUUCGACCGCUACCUCGUGUCCGAGUACCUGCGCGCCAUGGAGACGGCCGGCCGCAUGGGGCUGCCCGGCGCGCGCUGGUACGCCGAGAUGCUCAUCCGCGAGCGCGACUGGGGCGCCAUGGACCUUAUGAGCGAGCAGGAGCGCUUCAUCAAGAUGCAGGACGAGCUCAAGCGUCGAGAGCUCAACCGAUUCUACUACGCACCGCCCGGUGGCGAGUCGCUGGCGGCGGUGGCUCAGCGCGCUGACCGGUUGCUGGGCAUUCUGAACCACGAGUGCCACGGCAAGCGAGCCAUUGUCGUGGCCCACGGAGAGGUGAUCUGGGCCAUGCGGACCCGGCUUGAGAGAAUGUCGCAGGAUACGUUCAUCGAGCUGCAGGAGUCCGGACGCAUGGUGGACCAGAUCCACAAUGGCCACAUCCUGCACUUCACGAGGAAGGACCCGCAGACGGGAGAGAUGGCCCCCUACUUCACGCACGUUCGCUCGGUGUGUCCGUGGAAUGAGAAGCUCAGCCCCAAGGGGUGGAUGAAGAUCGACCGACCGGUGUACGACAACGAGCUGCUACUGGCGACGGCUGAGCGUGUCCCGCGAAUGAUUAUCUCGGAGGAGUACCUUGAAAAGACGUACAAUGGCGCCAAGACGCUGUCGGAGGGGGAAAUCACGCCGGAGGAACGCCAGACACCGCUUCUGAUCCCUGGGAAGCCCAUGCUGAAUCUGAAGAAGGUUGUCGUGGUGAAGAAAACCUCUCGAUUUCAGCAUGAAGCUGACUUGUACGGCAAUACCGGGGAAGCAUUGAGAAAGCAAAUGUCAAUGCGAGGUUUUGUUCACGACCGGUUGAAGGCAAGUCAUGAGCACCACGUCGAAGCUGUGGAAGAAAUCACCAACAGCUUCAAAGAGCGUGACAUUGAGGUGAAGGUCGUCUCAGCAAACCACCUCACGCAUGAAGCAGUGGAAGGAACGGACAUGAUCUUUUCUGCGGGCGGUGAUGGCACUUUCCUGAAAACUGCAAGCUUUGUAAACACUCCGAUCCCUGUGGCUGGGUUAAACACUGAUCCCAAGCGAAGCGAGGGAAACUUGUGCUGCUACAAGGUGGAUAAUGUUACCCACCGCUUCAGCACGGCGUUGGACCGCUUGCUCGAAGGUGACUUCAAGUGGCGGCUCCGCCAGCGAAUUCGUGUCGGUAUGGUGAAUCAGGAUGGCUACUGGUAUGAGCUACCGCGCUACGCGCUGAACGAAGUGUUCAUCGCGGAAAGUGACGCUUCUCGCCCAUCGCACUACAACAUUGGCAUUGACCAGCACCAGCGCGAAUCCCAUCGCAGCAGUGGAAUUCUUAUGUGUACUGGAACAGGUUCGAGCGCGUGGUACUCUAGCGCGUGCCAAAUCUACCGCGAGCAGGUUGCUACUGUGCUCAACGCCAUGGACCACACACAUACGAACGAGACCGUCACCGAGCUGACUGAAUCUAUUAACAAGCAGAACGUUUUCCCCGAAGAUUCGAGGGACAUGGGCUACAUCGUGCGCGAGCCAAUUAUUAAUGCAACCUUCGGUGAUAUUCGCUUCAGACGAGGCAAAGCUCGCCGAGUAUCGAUGCGGUCCCUGGGGUGGGAUAUGAAAGUCAACAUAGAUGGCAUCUACUCGGUGCCGCUAGAUUAUGGCGUCCAGGCGGUCAUGAAGAUUGUUGAUGAGCCAAAAUACGUGCUUCGCACCGUGGACUUCUCUCCGCUACCAGGCUCGGCGCCCAAGAAGAAAAUCUUUUAA